AAAGUGACAUGUUUUUACUUUCAGAGAAUUGAACAGUCUGCCAGAUAGUAGCUUUUGUUACUCUGACAAAAUUAGACAUCAUGCAAGAAAGUAGCUGCUAUUAUACUGACAGGAUCGUAUUUCCUUGUGGAGGCGGACUGCCCGGACUCGUAAAGGAUGGACAGCUUGGAUUGUGUGACAGCUGCAAAGUGGGGGGUGUUUUCGUAACUAUUUUUCCCCUGGAUUCACAGUGCAGAGCCGAGUGUGUGAAGGGCAAAAGAGAACCUGAUUUUCACAUAAGGCUGUGUCUGACAGUAUUUUACUGCUGUUGCCAAUUACUGCAUUUCAUAAAUACGUAUUCUUUCUCUCCCAUGCCAAAUAUUUUUCUUAAGACAGAAGAUCCUGUGGAUUUAUCACCCUUGGAGAGUCCUUGCAUUCCUGACCACUGGUGCUUGGAGUUACUAGAAGAACUCUGGAUCAAGAUCAUGAAAUAAUUGAGUGUUCUUUCAGCUGCUGUGUAGGAGUGGUGCUAGUGUCCAUUUGUUAAUGGAGCAAUAAUUUCCAAUGUCAAAGAAACGGGACAUUCCAACCUUGACACACAGCCAGAACUUUCAUGGUUCUUCACUCUUUGCAGAUAAGCCGCUGUUGCCUAUUGUAAAAUUAGCCAGGAUGGGUGUGGAGCAGCCCGUGGCCCUGCUGAGCGAACUGGCAGCAUGUUGUCUUGGUAACACGUACUUUCGACGCCACUAUCACCUGUGGAUGGCUUUACUUGUUCUGAUGGGCCCUGGCCUGACUUACUAUGUUAGCCACAGUACAGUCUUUGCAAACAAGAGGAACUUCUUAUAUUUGUAUUUUCUCCGUUCAGGAUGGGGAUGGACCUGCCUGUUAACAGAAAAUAAAUCCCAUACUAAGCUUAUCACUUGUGUCCGAACGCUUCACUGUGCAGCUCGACUUCCUGGAGCAAUAUUACAGGAAUUUUCAAAAGAACACAGAUUUAGUAUUUCAAAUAAAAUAAUGGACAUUAUAGAAGUGGAAAGGGAUUAGACUCUUGUGUUAAUUGGCUAGUGUACCCAUUUAGUCCCAUUGUAAACUGACAAGGAGUUUUUAAAAAUUUAUUAAAACAAAAAAAGGAAUUUUAAAACACAAUUUUAUGUGGCAAAUUAAUAUUUACAAUGAUUGUGGAAAAAGUAACCCUAACAUGAAAAAUGCUAAAGAUACUGUCUAAUACAGAGUCCAGACAUUAUUACAAUAUAAUGCUAAUUAAGUCAUGCAAAUAACUGAUAUGAAAAUUAUUAAUGUUAUUUCAUAUUUGGGUGACACAUUUAUGAAAGGCGUCAGUACACAUUGCUAAUGCUUGUCUUUGGAAUGGCCACGGGUCAGGGGACCUCCUUGGGGUCCCACAGUGCAGCAGAGUCAGGAGCUGAAUGUGCAGCCUUGAGGUUUUAAGGCGCAGUGCACCGUACUGCCUCCUGGUGGAGCCCCUUAAUCCGGCCCAGCAAGAUGUGGAAGAGAGCAUCAGGCUAGUUAAUGAUAGUUAAUAAAGUAUCUAUCUAUUUAUCUAUCUA